GUUGUGUUUUGUGUGAGGAGAAAGUCGUAUUAAAAAUAUUUUUUGUCUUUUGUACGGGUCGGAAAAGGUCUGUAUUCUUCCUACUGCUUUCUCGUAUAAAUGAGCUCAACUCAACAAGCUGAUUUGCUCUUAAAGAAGCAGUUAAGAGGUAUUUUUCAUGCUUUUUACGUUGCGUGCUUUUGUGUGAAAUUUUAUAUGUUAUGUGACAGCGUAGUUGGCUCUCGUUCCUAAAUUUUUCUCGUUUUGUUUGUAGAAUUGAAUAGAAAGGGCACAGAAGGCUUCUCUGCUGGCCUUAUAGACGAUGAAGAUCUGUUUAAAUGGGAGGUGACGAUAUUCGGCCCGCCAGAUACGUUUUAGUAAGGCUAAACGCUUUUACACUUGAUAAUAAUUUUGAUAAACAAAUUGAAUGUUGCUUUAACAAUUCAUUUAUUAGUGCCUUGUGUUUCAACAACAAUGGAAUAAGAUAUAAAGUCUGCCCCCUUUAUCUUCUAAUUUUUGGCUAGCCUUUGAAAGGUCAGGUAUUUUUUAGGCUUUUCACUUCAAUUAAUAAAAGGUUGAAAAAUUAUUGAUUUUUUGUAGUUUCCUAACAAAGCAAUGGGAGGUCACACACAACAAACUGGCGUUUUUAUCUGAACGCACUCAGCCUUGAAAACGUCAAGUGUGGCAUAAAUGUGGCAAGAUUGUUUCUAAAUAUUCAAUUUGUCACAGUGAAAUUUGUGAAAACUUCACAGAAUAUUAUACUCACCCACAACAUCAAUUUGACGUUUGCCCCAUUCCCCCCCCCCUCGCAUUGGAUGUGACUCCACACGGCUUUUAAAUCAAACUAAAAAUACCAUGUUUGUAAUUGACCCUAUUUUUCUUUCAAUAGCCGUUUCAAUUAGGAUUGAGAGUAAAUUAAUUUAAUGAAUUUGUUAAUUACAAUCAAAUGAAAUGAAUCUGAGAUGCAUUUAUAUGUUAGAGUUCACAUCCAUGUUAAGUUGCCAUGCAAAAUGUCAAUGUUUUAUGUGGGCAGAUGGGUUAAAACUAUUUUUUUAUGAAUUUUUCCAUGACCAUAUUUUUGCCAUAUAUAUGGUAUGCCACGUCGCUUGACGUUUUCAAGGCUGGGUGGGUUUCAGGCCUUAAAAUAUCGGUCGGUCACGGACAUUGUCCGACCCAUUCGUGAAAUUGUCCGACGUAGAGAGGAAACCACCGGACAUUCUGUCCGACCCCAGUGAAACUGAGGUUUAUUGUUUGUCCGACCCGAGUGUAUUGGUGUCCGACCGAACUGUAGCUUUGUCCGACGUAAAUCAAAAUGUACCCUAGUCCAGGACUAGAGGCUUGUAUGUUAAAUGGAAAAUCAGAGUACUAUUGUAUAAAAGGUGAACUGGAAAUGUUGUUUUAAAGUAGUCGAGCGCGUGGCGGCGAGCGAAAUGGUGAAGUGGAAAACGGGCUUAAGUUGUCGAAGUCUUUUUUAAUACUGCUGUUCUGGCAAGCAAGUUAAUUUUGGCUUGGAAAUAAGUAUGAAAGAAACAAAUUAUUUAAUAUCUUUACAACAUUUACCGUUUAUUCAUUUGUGUCAUUCAGACUUAUUUCAGAGUCACAACUGAACUGAAGGUCAUCGGACAUAUGUCCGACCCAAACUCAACGUCACCGGACAUUUUGUCAGACGGCCCUGGAAAAGAUAUUUUAAGGCCUGGGUUUAGGUAAAAAUAUCAGUUUCACAUUCUGAAUAUCAAUGUAUCCCCUUAACACAUCGAGGGGCAUUAUUGUGUUGGCAAUGUGUUGGGACCGCUGAGCAUUUUUCUGAUUUGGGGGGGGGGGGUAGAAAAACACCAAAUGUUUUCCUUUUUACCAUGGUAAUACAGCCAACACGGCCAUGUAGCUAAAACCUUGAUCUUCAUCACCCUGGUCAAUACCUUUGGUGAACUGACCACCCUGUCGUAGUCACAAGCAGGAUUUAGUGACUUUAGUACUAAGUUUGUUGUUAACAACAUUCAGAUAGUUGUUUUCUGGUAUAAUGUUGAAAUAUUUGUCUUUUCUUGUGUAGUGAGGGUGGAUUCUUCAGAGCUGAACUUCAUUUUCCUAAGGAGUAUCCCCAAAAACCUCCAAAAAUGAAGUUCACAUCAGAUAUUUGGCAUCCAAAUGGUAAGAGAUUGAUGAUUUGUUAGCUUAUUACUGACUGAUUGAAUAUUUCAUCAACUAAUUGAUCAAACGGUUCCUGGAACCUAGACAUUGUUGCCAUAUUUCUAAGUAAUCCUUAUAUUAAAAUUGAAAAGCAUAGUUGGAAAAUACAAACAUUAAUAGACUUAAACAUUUAGUAGACCUAAAAGACACUAUUAGAGUCAUAAUCCUGCUCAGCUGAACUUUGUGGCCAUAAUUUCUUAACAAUUUAUAAUACCGUACAAUUUUUCACACAGUUCAUAAAAACGGAGACGUGUGCAUUUCAAUUCUACACGAGCCUGGCGAGGAUAAAUUUGGAUAUGAAACAGCAUCGGAGAGAUGGCUACCAAUUCAUACGGUUGAAUCAAUUCUAAUUAGUGUUAUAUCAAUGAUAACAGAUCCAAAUGAUGAGUCACCUGCUAAUGUUGAUGCCGCUGUAAGUACUGAGAGCAUUUAAAAUUUUGAGGGAAAAGUGUAGUUGGUAUUAUUACUGCAGCAGUAAUUAACAGUCAGGCAUAUGAUAUGAAAGUUCAGUUUAGGGUAGGAUAUGGUUUUGAAAGGGUAUAAUACAGGGUAUAGGAACAACACAUUCCCCUGAGGAAAAGAUCUUCCAUUGUGGGAAUUAUGCAGCAUAUUAAUUUAAGCCUCACUUUUACAUUAGAAUUCCAAUUCCAUUGGGCAUUCCAAUUGUUGAAAUUGCAAACUUGUGUGCUGAAAUUGUUCAUUUGAAUUCACUGGAAAUUUGUGUGCUACUAUGUAUCCCCCAAAAUUCAAGUUUAUGCUGAAAAUUAAACAAUGUUAAAAAUAUCACCUAUAAAGUUAUAAGAAUAACUAUGUAUGUUCAAUGUUGAAAAUACAAAAAUUAUACAGUGUUGAAAACACUCUAGUGGGAAAAUGCAAAUGAGUUUAAAUAUCAAAAAUACUAAAAUUGUAUGUGGAAAGCACUAUAAAAUAUUUUACAGAAUACGAUGUAUAUGUACAAUGUGAAUAUGUCUAUUUAACAAAUUUAUUAGCACUCAUAAUGAUUACAUUAAGAUAUGAAUUAUAUUAUAAAUGAAAUACUAAAAGGUGCAAAAAGAAAAGAUGUGAAUGAGUAAUUUGGUACAUCACCACUCCAUUAUUUAAUACUAUGUUAUUAUACACUAUAUAAAAUAUCACAAUGCUAUAGUUAUGAUUAACAAAAGCAGAACAGUCCAACAUAAGAUAGAAAGAAGAAUUAGAGAAAAGCAUAUUGCUCAAUGAGAAUGGCAUGAUUAUAUUUGAUUUGGUAUGGUGAAGUAAUGGUGUGAUGUGGCAUGCUAAUGUGUGUAAUAUGCUAUGGUAUUUUGUAAUUUGGUGUGGUAUGAUAUGUGGUACUGUGUGGUAUGAUUUGGUGGUGUGUUAUGAUAUGGUGUGACAGCACAGAUGGUGUAAUAUGAUGUGGUGUGGUAUCAAGCAUGAUAUGUUGUGUUAUGGUAUGGUAUGUUUGGCAUGAUAUCAUCUGAUUUGUUGUGGUAUGUCAUGGUAUGGUAUAAUACAAUGUGAUAUGCUAUAUGGCAUGAUAUAUUAUGAUGUGGUAUGGCAUACUAGUGUAGUAUUACUGUAUGUGGUAUGGUAUGGCAUGGUAUAUUGUGAUGUGGUAAGGUGUGGUAUGGUUUGUUUUGGGAUAGAUUGGUGUAGUAUAAUUGUAUGGCAAGAUGUGGUGUGGUAUGGUAUACGAUGUGGUAUGGCAUGGCAAAGAGUGGUUUAGUUUUGGAGUGGUAUGACAUGUUAUGUUUUGGUACGGUAAUGGUAUGAUAUGGUGAAGUGUGGUAUGGUGUACAUUGAAAUGAAACUUGUUAGAAUAUGUUUUGCAAAGGCUGUGCAAAAAUAAAGCACUUAAUAUUUAAUAAGCGAUCCCAUUUAUUGGAAAUUUUUAAAAUCUCGCGUAUUUUUGUUAUAGAUAUAUAGUAUAAUAUGUUUAGUUAAACACUGUAUGUCAAAUAUCAAUGCUGUAUACUAUACGAAAUUUUUGUUAACAGAAAGAAUGGCGGGACGACUAUAAUGGCGUUUUUAAGAAACACGUUCAACGUUGUGUGCGACUCAGUCAAGAAAACUUGUAGAAAUUAUAAUUAUCAAUAGCCUCACCUAAUCCAAUGUAGGUAACAAAUGAGCUAUGCAUUGCAAAUUAAUAGAAACAUAAAAAAUAAUGCAUGUACAUUUCGCCAUUCCAUAUUAGUACUGUUGCACGGAAUUAAUUAUUAGCAUAGAGGCAUACAGCGUAGCGAGACGUUUCAUUUGAUAUCCGAGCCACAGAAUAGGAAGUUAUACCAGAAGCGUAACUCUAGUCGUUUCCCUUAUUGUUUGACGUCCACGAAAAUUUUAACUCGCUCACGUCAGGCCACGCCAUCCUGGCUAGUACAGCCGGAAGUUUUUAUCAGGAUUUGGUAGGUACAAAGUGCCGGUUGUACUAGCCAGGAUGGCUUGAUUGAUGGCGUGAUUGAUGACGAAUCGCUUGUAAAAACGCGGACAAAUAUUUGCUCGAGUUACGCUUCUGGUAUAACUUCCUAUUCUGUGUCUGAGCUUCCUGCGACAACAGCCAAGACUGGCAAAUCAUAACUUUAGCCCCGUUUACACUACGCUCAAAUUUUGGUACGGCACGGAUAAAAUUGGUUCCCGUACCAAAUUUAUCCGUGUUCGGCCUUUGUAAAAUAGAUGGUCCAAGCACGGAUAAAAAUGGUACGAGCACCAGAAUUCGUGAUUCCCCUUAUUACGUUUUCGUGGCGCUUUGCAUUGUGGUUAUAGUGGUAUCACUGAUAUUCAAGAUGGCUUAUUUUUUGUCCUGACCCGUGCAAGAACUUUUAAAAAAAGCUAGGGCCAGGUGCGCGAUAGCCAACAGCAAAAUAUUCGCGAAAACAUUCAAUAUUUUCAUUCGAGGCCGCUAACUUUAUCAGUGAUAUCAGUAUAACCACAAUGCAAAGCGCUACGAAAACGUAAUAAAGGCAAUCGCAAAUUGAGCGUAUUGUAAAUGGCCUUUUGUAAAUUUUAUAAGGCCCGGUUUAGACGCCGUGCUUAUCAUGAGCCGAACUUAAUGUUAAUUAACUAAGUUCUUUGUUUAAGCUAAUUUGCAUUAAGUUCGGCUCAUGAAAAGCACGGCGUCUAAACCGGGCCUAAGUCCCUUUGCUUAUAAUUCCCGGUUGAGACCAUAGCUUAAUAUCGAAGGGAAGAUGGCUGUGAAACUCAUUAGAAUAACAAUAUAACUCAUUAUCUAUGUUAGUCGACGUUUAUUCAUAAAUAUGGUCCUUCACCGUCACGUGCGUAAUUGUAUUUUUGCCAAAUCCACCAAUAACUUUCCGAAAAAAAUGUCUGUUGGGCAAAAAUAAUACACACGUGACGGUGAAGGACCAAUGAGUUAUAUUGUUAUUCUAAUGAGUUUCACAGCCCUUCAAUAGGCGCUGUUGACUAGGAACAUGGCGAGUGCAUUUUAAUGACGAAUCAUGGCGUGGCCAAAAGAUUAGAUACUAUAAAGAUGUGCCACUCUGCGAAAAUUAUGUCCGAGAUUUUUUUAUAACCGCCAUUUUGCCAGUAAGUGUCAAAUCCAACGCCAUCAGUCUCUAAAUAGUAAAAUCCAACGCCAUCAGUCUCGCCGCCAUUUUGGCAGUAAGUGAAAAUUACGGACACGCAAACAUUAGGGAAAUACGUCGAGUGGCACAUCUUUAUAGUAUCUAAUCUUUGGCGUGGCAGCGGUUACGCUUUUUUGGCUAAGUCGAAAAGAAAGGCUGUAAAAAUCGAAGUUUCUGGUAAAUCAUCCUAGGUUUUGAAGGAUUUGUAAGAAAUAUUUGAGGGAACUAAUACUAAGUUAGUUUACUCAAACAUUUCUUACAAAUCCUUCAAACUUAGAAUUUACCCAUGCAAAAUUCCUACUGUGAUCCCAGAAACCUUGAUAGUGUAAACCAUCCUUUAUAACACUCAGUAAGUUCCCUCAAACAUUUCUUACAAAUCCUUCAAAACUUAGAAUUUAUCUAUGCAAAAUUCCUACUGUCAUCACAGAAACUUUGAUAGUGUAAACCAUCCUUUAUAACACUCAGUAAGUUCUCUCAAACAUUUCUUACAAAUCCUUCAAAACUUAGAAUUUACCUAUGCAAAAUUCCUACUGUGAUCACAGAAACCUUGAUAGUGUAAACCAUCCUUUAUAACACUGAGUAAGUUCCCUCAAACAUUUCUUAUAAAUCCUUCAAAACUUAGAAUUUACCUAUGCAAAAUUCCUACUGUGAUCACAGAAACUUUGAUAGUGUAAACUAACCUCAAGGUUUCAAUUCUGUGUUUGGGGUUGAUUCUUUCACGUUUUAACGAUAUCGAAAACAAGCCCUUUAGCACAGAAUACUAAACAGUAGGCCAUCUCCGUUGUUUUUUGCGUGAGCGCUAUUCGUCAUGAUUCCGUCACUCAGCAAGUACCCUAAACUGAAGUAGUCACCCCCCUGGAAAUAUCCAAAAUGGCGCUGUAUGGGAGAAAGCCAUGGAUAUUUCCAGGGGGGUGACUGCUUCUGUUUAGGGUACUUGCUGAGUGACGAAUCAUGACGAAUAGAGCUUACGCAAAAAACAAUGGAGAUGAUCUUCUGUGUAGUAUUGUGCCUUUAGGGAAUAGUAGGAAUCGGAAAUCGGGUAUUUAAUGGAACGUCGAAUAGUAGAACUCAAGCUACACAAUCUAUUUUUACCAGAUUUUGAAACUUCAUUUGUCAUAAUGCAUGCAGACUCAAUAUAUACAAUCUUUGUACAGUUCAUAUUUCUAAUAAAAUGUUUGUUAUGUCUUGUA